AUGUGCGGCUGGGGUAAUCAUACCUGCACCAGCGUUGCAGAAGCUGGAGAGCUGGAGAACGCGAAGAGCAGCGACUGGAAGAGGAAAAGAAAGGGGACAAGAAUGUUCCAAAAGCUCCGAACCCCAAGUGGGGAAAUGAACCCAAGACGACCAAGCGGAAAGCCGAAGAUGCACUGCCAGAAGCAAAGGCAAAGGCGAAGUGGGGAGGAGCGUAUGUCACAGAGGUUGGGAGAAAGUGAAAAGAAGAACGACGAGAAGAUCGACCUCGAAGAGAAGGAUCCGGAAGGAUUUCCAAAGGAAGAGCUUGAAGAAGCAAGGAAGCGAAGUGAAGUGGAAAAGGCCAUGAAGGCGAAGGCCAAGGCAUCGAAGGAAGCUACUGGAAAGAAGCGAGGAUCAAAGGAUGCCAAGAAGAAAGAGAAGAAAGAGAAGAAGGAGAAAGGACCAAAGAAUGACAAGAAGUGGGGUUUAGGCUGUAGUGUUGACGUGGAACGCAGAGGCAUGCCUCGGCGUUGUUUUUCUUCUGGGUGUUGCUUUUUUCGUGAGUUCACAUGGACAUGCCAGAGGCCUGUAUGUCCCGCCCUGGGUGUCUUUUCUUCGUGGCCACAUGGACAUGCCAGAGGCCUGUUUGUCACGCCCUGCAGGCCUGUAUGUCACACCAUGGGUGUGGUUUUUUCGUGA